AGGGGGCUGACGGUACUAGGGGAAGCAGCAGAGGGGAAGAGGCAGUAACCACCUAGACUAGAUGCUGACGGUCUCUGGCAACCAGGAAAAGGCAAACAUAAACAAAGAGAGGUGAGUGACAACGCCUGGUGUGUUUGGGGUCAGGAGAUACUGGCAGGCUGGUGCAGCACGGCCUCGGUCAAAGUGGUAACUGGGGAGCUGAGCUCCGCAGUGACGCGCGGCCCUCACGUGAUCAGGAGCCUAUGUCUGCCCAAGUCCCUCUCGUCCUGGUCCUUUUUGCCUGCCUAGACACCGUCUCCCAGUUCCCCUUUGGUCGAGAGGGAAAGCAGAAGGAAAAUAACUGUGCUUGAAGAGGAAAAUUCCCAACAUGGAAAAAUCAUGCCAAGAAAAUGAAGAACCACCACAGAGCGCGCCAAAGACCGAUGAGGAGCGGCCUCCGGAGGAGCACUCGCCCGGAAAGCAGUCUCCUGAGGAGCAGUCUUCGGAAGAACAGUCCUCAGAGGAGGAGUUCUUCCCGGAGGAGCUCCUGCCUGAGCUCCUGCCGGAGAUGCUCCUUUCAGAGGAGCGCCCUCCGCAGGAGCGCCUUUCCAGGAAGGACCUGUUUGAGCAGCGCCCUCCCAUGGAGCAGCCUCCCUGUGGGGUCGGAAAACAUAAGCUAGAAGAGGGAAGCUUUAAGGAGAGGCUGGCUCGUUCUCGCCCUCAAUUUAGAGGGGACAUACAUGGCAGAAAUUUAAGCAAUGAGGAGAUGAUACAGGCAGCAGAUGAGCUGGAGGAGAUGAAAAGAGUAAGAAACAAAUUGAUGAUAAUGCAUUGGAAGGCAAAACGGAGCCGUCCUUACCCUAUUUAAUUUGUUCGGCCUUUAAUUCUGUUUUGCCUGCUAAUAUAGGAUUGCCACCUGAACCUUCUGUUUGCGUUUUCGUGUAUCCGUUUUCCCAUCUUCUUAAUUUUAACUUUUUGUAUGGCUUUAUUUUAGGUGUUUGGCUCGUAACUGGCAUAAAAUUGAGUUUUUUCCCCCUAAAGUCUACAAGUCUCCCCCUUUCAAUCACAAGUCCCAUCCAUUUGCAUGGAAAGAUGUACAUUAUAUGUUGUGAAGCGAAAAAAAGCGAUUUUCAAAGGGUAUAUAUAGUAUCCCGUUUUGUAAAACAAAUACACAUAUAUUUAUAUAUUAAUAUGCAAAGAAAAAACAAAGUAUAUACUUAAAAGGCUUAACAGUGGCUAUCUGUGUAAUAGGGGAUUUAAAAAAAGUGUUGCUUUAUCUGAAUUUCUCGUUUUUUCAAGACGAACACACUUGUGUUGUAAAAAAAUAUAAUUAAGAGAUGUGAAGCAAUUUUGAAAAAAACUGUCAAUCAGCUUAUUAUAGAGACAAUGUGGCACUUAAUAAAUACUCAUCAGAACUUUAAAAAAGAGAAAA